AUGUCUUCUUUAAUCGCAGCCCGUUGCCCACACUGUACCAAAGUAUCCAGCUUUGGCCCAGCCUACGCUAGGCUCCGUUGGGUCCUGUAUGGGAUUGCUGCCCUCGUGUUCCUUCUUAUCGCCUUUUUCGUAACCCUGGGUACCCACACCGACGCGGUACAAAAGCCCUCUCUUUACUUUCUAUGGUCAUGUAAGUCCAUAUCCUAUCAAUUAUUUAUCUGUUUGACCCCCAAAAUUCAUCCAUUUUUGCAUCUACAUGCUUAUUCAAUUCGUUAUUUUCAACUUAAAUCCCACAGAGGGCAUUUGCAUAAGUCUUUUGUAAUAUUUUACCAUCACUGA